AUGAGAACAACUUAUGACGAAAUAUGGUUGGAGAACUUUAUGCAUCAGCUUAGAGUUGAUGUGCAUGAUAGGCUGGCCAGGCCAUGUACGAGGUACGAAGUACGAGAGGCCCUUGUUCAAGCUCUCAACUCUAACGCAUUUCCUGACGAGUCCGCCGCGCAGUCAAGAGACGUAAGUUCGCCAUUUUCACCGCCAGGAGCACUUGGCCACACUGCUUGGACAUGA